UGGUGGUUGAGCGGCUGUGAGCGCUGCCGUGAGGCGCAGCCCCGCGCCCUGCCCCGGCUCCGCGGGCUGGUGCGGGGGGUCUGGAGCGCGAUGAAGGUCUGAAAACAAAAAGUCGUGCACGGGACACAAUUACGCAGCCAAUUCUGGCCCAACCCGGAAGUUUAUGUCGGGAACACGUGUUGGUGGGGAAGGUGGCGAGGCCCGGAACCGAGACCCUCCCGCCGCCUCCCGAGGGGCCCGCCCGCCCGGCGAGGCUCUCCGGGGGUCCCCGCAGCUCCCGGGGGGCCGGUGGCGGGGCCGAACGCCGCGGCGACAGAGCCAGCCUCAAAGUCCAGCCACUCUUAACUGAGCGCACCUCAGACAGAGGUUGCUAGGAGAUGGUGGAGCCAGGACAAGAUCUGUUGCUUGCUGCUUUGAGUGAGAGUGGAAUCAGUCCAAAUGAUCUCUUUGAUAUUGAUUCGCCGGACGUGGUUCUUGCAAAUCCAGCACCAACUCCAGCUGUUCAGCAGUCAGUGCCACUUAGUGCGUUAGAACUAGGCCUGGAGACUGAGGCCACAGCUGCUGUGAAACAAGAACCAGAGACUGUAUCAACUCCAGCCUUAUUAAAUGUUCGGCAACCACCAUCCACCACAACCUUUGUGCUGAAUCAAAUCAAUCAGCUUCCAACUUUGGGGACUACAAUAGUGAUGACAAAAACAACACCUGUUACAACCACGAGGCAGACCAUCACCGUAGCAAAAAUCAUUCAGACCAGCACAACCACUCGCCCCUCGGUUGCAGCACCAGCCGUACGCAAUGCCCUGACCACUGCACCUCCCAAGGACCAGAUUCAGCUGAAAGAUCUGCUCAAGAAUAAUAGUCUUAAUGAACUCAUGAAAUUGAAGCCACCACCUAAUAUUGCCCAGCCAGUAGCAACAGCAGCAAAAAUGAUUUUAGUUUCUCCUAAGGUGGUAAAUGCCACCAGACCAGCUGAUCUGAGCAAUGGUGCACUGAAGAAGGAGGCUUCCACAAAAGAGGUAGCAAGAAUAUGGAUAAAUGAUAUUAAAAUGAGAAGUUUUUCGCCUACUAUGAAAGUGCCAGCAGUAAAAGAGGAGGAGGAACCUGAGGAGGAAGAUGAAGAAGAAAUGGGUCAUGCAGAAACUUAUGCUGAGUACAUGCCAAUAAAACUGAAAAUUGGUUUACGCCAUCCUGACCCAGUAGUGGAAACCAGCUCAUUAUCCAGUGUAACUCCCCCUGAUGUGUGGUACCAGACAUCAAUAUCAGAAGAAACAAUUGAUAGUGGCUGGUUGUCAGCUUUGCAGCUUGAAGCAAUCACUUAUGCAGCCCAGCAACAUGAAACAUUCCUGCCCAAUGGAGACAGAGCUGGAUUCUUGAUAGGUGAUGGUGCUGGUGUAGGAAAAGGAAGGACCAUAGCUGGAAUAAUCUAUGAAAAUUACUUGUUAGGCAGAAAAAGAGCAGUCUGGUUCAGCGUGUCAAAUGAUCUGAAAUAUGAUGCUGAAAGAGAUUUGAGAGAUAUUGGAGCAAAAAACAUAUUGGUUCAUUCAUUAAACAAGUUCAAGUAUGGGAAAAUUUCUUCCAAGCAUAAUGGAAGUGUAAAGAAAGGUGUUAUCUUUGCUACUUACUCUUCUCUUAUUGGUGAAAGCCAGUCUGGUGGUAAAUACAAAACCAGAUUAAAGCAGCUCCUUCACUGGUGUGGUGAAGACUUUGAUGGAGUUAUUGUAUUUGAUGAGUGUCAUAAAGCUAAGAAUCUGUGUCCUGUUGGUUCAUCAAAACCGACCAAAACAGGUCUGGCUGUACUGGAACUUCAAAAUAAACUUCCAAAAGCCAGGGUUGUUUAUGCUAGUGCCACAGGUGCAUCUGAACCAAGAAACAUGGCCUAUAUGAACCGCCUGGGAAUCUGGGGGGAAGGAACUCCAUUUAGGGAAUUCAGUGAUUUCAUUCAGGCUGUUGAAAGAAGAGGUGUUGGUGCCAUGGAAAUAGUUGCUAUGGAUAUGAAGCUGAGAGGAAUGUACAUAGCAAGACAGUUGAGUUUUUCAGGUGUAACUUUCAAAAUUGAUGAAGUUCUGCUUUCACAAGAAUAUGUUAAAAUGUACAAUAAAUCUGUGAAACUGUGGGUCAGUGCCAGAGAGAGGUUUCAACAAGCAGCUGACCUGAUUGAUGCAGAACAACGAAUGAAGAAGUCCAUGUGGGGCCAGUUUUGGUCAGCUCACCAGAGGUUUUUCAAGUACCUUUGCAUAGCAUCUAAAGUGAAGAGGGUGGUGCAGCUGGCUCGGGAAGAAAUCAAGAAUGGGAAAUGUGUUGUUAUUGGCCUGCAGUCAACAGGAGAAGCAAGAACAUUAGAAGCUUUGGAGGAAGGUGGUGGUGAACUGAAUGACUUUGUCUCUACAGCAAAAGGAGUAUUCCAGUCUCUUAUUGAAAAGCACUUUCCAGCUCCUGACAGGAAGAAGCUGUUUAGCUUGUUGGGAAUUGACUUGACUGCUCAAAGUAAUAACAAUUCACCCAGAGACAGCCCUUGCAAGGAGAACAAAAUAAAGAAAAGGAAAGGUGAAGAAAUAAGCAGAGAAGCCAAAAAAGCUCGCAAAACCGGUGGCCUUGCAGGUAGCAGCUCUGAUGAGAGUGAAAGUGAGUCUGAUGCUUCAGACAAUGAAGAAAGUGACAAUGAGAGCUCCAGAUUCUUGAGUUCUGGAGAUGAUGAUGACUUCAACCCCUUCAGAGAUGAAUCCAGUGAAGAUGAUGAGGAUGAUCCCUGGCUCAUCAGAAAAGAGCAUAAAAAAAAUAAAGACAAGAAAAAGAAGAAAAGUAUAGACCCAGAUUCUAUCCAAAGUGCCUUACUAGCUUCUGGUCUCGGAUCAAAGCGACCCAGUUGUUUUGCUUCCACUGUUGGUACCACCACCUCCAGUACCAACACGUCAGCCAACAGUAACACGAACAACAGCUUUGUAACAAGUCAGGAUGCUGUUGAAAGGGCCCAACAAAUGAAAAAAGAACUGCUUGAUAAACUGGAAAAGCUGGCUGAAGAUCUUCCACCUAAUACACUGGAUGAGCUUAUUGAUGAACUGGGUGGUCCUGAAAAUGUUGCAGAGAUGACAGGCCGCAAGGGGAGAGUCGUGAGCAAUGAUGAUGGCAGCAUCUCUUACGAGUCAAGAUCUGAACUUGAUGUGCCUGUUGAAAUUCUGAACAUCACAGAGAAGCAGAGGUUCAUGGAUGGAGAUAAGAACAUUGCCAUCAUCUCAGAGGCUGCCAGCUCUGGCAUUUCAUUGCAAGCAGACCGGAGAGCCAAGAACCAGAGGCGGAGAGUUCACAUGACUCUGGAGCUGCCAUGGAGUGCUGACAGGGCAAUACAGCAGUUUGGAAGAACUCAUAGAUCCAACCAAGUGACUGCUCCAGAGUAUGUGUUCCUAAUUUCUGAGUUGGCAGGAGAGCAAAGAUUUGCAUCUAUAGUUGCAAAAAGACUGGAGAGCUUGGGAGCCCUCACUCAUGGGGACAGACGAGCUACAGAAACUCGAGACCUCAGCAGAUUCAAUUUUGACAACAAGUAUGGCAGAAAUGCUCUAGAGAUUGUUAUGAAAUCCAUCGUGAACUUGGACUCCCCAAUGGUCUCUCCUCCUCCUGAUUUUCCUGGAGACUUCUUCAAAGAUGUUCGUCAGGGAUUGAUUGGCGUAGGCUUGAUAAAUGUAGAAGACAGAUCUGGAAUACUAACACUUGACAAAGAUUAUAACAAUAUAGGGAAAUUUUUGAACAGAAUUCUUGGUAUGGAAGUACAUCAGCAGAAUGCUUUAUUCCAGUACUUUUCUGACACGUUAAAUGCAGUUAUUCAAAAUGCAAAGAAGAACGGAAGAUACGACAUGGGCAUCUUGGAUUUGGGCUCUGGGGAUGAGAAGGUAAGGAAGGCAGACGUUAAGAAGUUUUUAACUCCUGGAUAUUCUACCUCCGGACACGUAGAACUAUACACAAUCAGUGUAGAGAGAGGAAUGUCUUGGGACGAAGCAACUAAGCUCUGGGCAGAACAAACAGGUCCAGAUGAUGGAUUUUAUUUAUCACUACAGAUAAGAAAUAACAAGAAAACUGCUAUUCUAGUCAAAGAAGUGAAUCCUAAGAAGAAGCUUUUUUUAGUGUACAGACCAAAUACUGGGAAACAACUCAAACUAGAAACAUGUGCAGACCUGAGAAAGAAAUAUAAGAAGGUACCUUCUGAAGAUGCUCUGCCACACUGGUUAGAGCAGUACAAUUCCUCUGCAGAUACCUGCACCCAUGCUUACUGGAGAGGCAAUUGUAAGAAGGCAGGUCUGGGAUUGGUGUGUGAAGUUGGACUCCGCUGCCGAACAUACUAUGUCUUGUGUGGUUCCGUGUUGAGCGUCUGGACAAAAGUGGAAGGUGUUCUGGCCUCUGUGAGUGGCACCAAUGUGAAAAUGCAGAUAGUUCGGCUAAGAACAGAGGAUGGGCAGAGGAUUGUAGGUUUGAUCAUUCCUGCAAAUUGUGUCUCACCCCUUGUGAACCUCCUGUCAACAUCAGACCAGUCUCAGCAGCUUGCAGUGCAGCAGCAGCAGAUCUGGCAGCAGCAUCACCCCCAGAGCAUCACCAACUUCAACAACGCCUAACAGGACAAACCACAGGUGUUGACUUGGGUGUUUGAGGAAAAGGCUGUAAAAGCAUAUCACUUGCAUCAAAAUCAGGGACAGAUUCCAAAGAAAUAUAACUUUUUCAGUUCAGUUGUGUGCUCUCAAAUACUUUGGGAAUAAAGAGAUCUAAAAAGGUUGGUAGAACUGAAAGCCAGCAGUUGUUUAUGGUGGUGCAUCUGUCUUUCCUUAUGCUCUCUGUAGUGCUUCCUGUUUGCUUUUACUUUUGGCCUUUUAAGCUACAAACCACAAUUUGUUUGAAAAUGCUUGAAAAUCCCCAAGCAGGCUUUAUUUUUAUCUUGUCAUACAGUGCUCAGGGUUUAACGCAGUGCAUCAAUGCCAUUGCUGUGGGAGAUCUCCUUGAAUGCAUGUAUUGAGUAUAUAUAUAGAAAAUAUAUAUUGGGGUUUUUUUUCCUCUUCGAUUUAUGAGUUUAUAAAAGCAUGAACCCUAGAGGUUGCACAUCAUGCAUUCAGGUUCCUUCCCAGUUUCUGUUUGACAGUGCAUGUCUCUGGAAACAGGCGUGGACAGGAUAAACACACCAGACAGGAAUUUGGAGAGAAACACAAUCUUAGUUGUACAGCAUUGGUUAUUGCAUUUUUAUAGUGUUUAUACCCAGGUGUUGCAUUUUUUUCUGGUUCUGUCCUGGGGGUUAUAUAUUUGAGUCUACAACAUGUUCUUUUUUUGUGAUAAACAUCUUAAAUUAAAAUUAGUUCCUUUUUAAUGUAUUAAUGGUAUUCCUAAUGUGUACUGCAAAGAUGGCUGGAUGCCUGUUUUCCUUAAAUUGAAGCAUUUCCUUAAUCCCAGGUGGUUACGGAAACUUAAGUGCAAAUUCACUUCCAUCUCGCAUACAAUCUUCUAUUUUUUACUUCAUUAAUGUAAUUUAAUUUGUCACUUGUAAGAUGAAACCUUACUUGAGCUGUAAAUUAGAGAAUGGGAAACACUUGAGGGUUCCGCUGUAUGUGCUGUUUCUGUUACCCAGUAACUUGAAUACUGUUUAAUAUGUUGUAAGACAUUGUAGAGUUUAUCUGGAGCUGUUUAAAAGAAAUUGUAAUGUACAAAUGUGAAUAGUCACUUAUCUAUAAUAUGGGUAAGUUUUGUUUUGCCUAUAAUAGUAGAUGUUUAUAAGAAAGUGAAGGACAAUGUUUGUCAUUUCUUGCUUGCACAGGUUGCACUAUUGAAAAAUUGAGAUUGUAUAAACCUGUCCAAAAAAACUACAAGAUAAUGAUCUUGUAGAUGUCAAAUAAAAGUUAUUGUACUAACAAGAAGUGGAGUCUUGUUUAGGCAAUCACUGUAUUCCAAAAAAACUAACAAGUCUGUACAAUUGGAAUUGGACAGGACUCGGCAUGUUCAGUCUGCUUUAACCAGGCUUCUGUCUUGCAGUCCAGAUAUCUCAGCUGAACUCUGUAAUGAGGCAAGAACUUGUCAACUGGGUUGAAACCUUGGUGCAUAUUUUCAGUCAGGCUGAGCUGGCAGGCUCAGAGCAGCCCUCCCCUGUAGGCUGGCUCACUGCUGAGAGCACUCAGAGCCACAUUCAAGUGUCAUGGAGAGUGUUUCCAUAAGUAACAGGGCCAGAAGCUCCACCAGGUCAGGCUGAAGCGAGUUCCCUGACGGGAAUUAUUUCCCUUGAGGUUGUGCUAAGGCUGCCAGUGCUGCCCCCCUGCUGUGGGGACAGAGCCCCUGUGGGGCAGGGAGGAAAAUCUGAGAUGGCUGAGGGGCUGAACCCCCUGCAUAGGUCUGUGACCAACUGCAAAUACAGAUCCAGCAUAAAAGGUGUGCCCCUGCUCCCGGGGUGCCUGCUGCAUCUCUAAAGCUCUUGUGCUGCCCCUGGGGGAGCUCGAGGAGUUCUCAGUCCCCUGGUAGCCUGGGCAGGUCCCUGAGUGCUGCAAUACCAGUAGCAGCUGAUUAUACCCUGCAAAACUAGACCAGAGACAAGGUGUGGGGAGGAUGUUGCUGUGUUUCAUACCCACCACUGGAUGUAUUUGGCAUCCAUUCCAGGAAAAGUAAUGGGAUUUUGAGAAGAAUGUUGGCAGAUGAUCACUGCAAACUAAAGCACUAGCAACAGCAAGCUCUGUGUGGACACUAGUUUUUUAUUACUAUUAUUUGGGGUAGAAACUUCUACCAUCUGAGAUUAUAAUAUUUUAGCUCUUAAUUGUCAGUGAGAUGGUUCUAGUAGUGGUAGGUUCACAAACAUUGGUUUAUAUUUUUAAACAACUCAUUACCUAAAUAUACUUCAGUUCCUAAGUGCUCUUCUCAGCUUGUUGUGCUAAUGUUGGUUGUUGGGAUGAGCAAGCAUUGAAUUGGAUAUUCUCUGUAUUGAUAACCAAGCACUACUGCUUCAUUUCAGGAGUUUAUAGCAUACGCUGCUGUUCACUCACACCCAUGGACUUGUACCCCCUGUAGGGGGGGAAAAAACAACAGUCCUUAUACUUAGAGGUCUCUAAGAACAGAUUCCAGAAAUCUGUUCCUCCACUUGCUCUCCUUGGCCUGCUCUCUGCUUCUUGCCACCAUCAAUGCCUUGGCUUUGUCCUUCAGCCACUAACACAUCUGCCUCCACAGCUCUGGAGCAUUUUAAAGCCUUCAAGCUGCAGAAAUGUUUUCUCUUGAAAAUUCCUGCUUGGUGGUUGGGGUGUGGUUUUUUGGUAGUAGUUUGUUCCUCGCAUGAGCUGCUGAUAAAGCUUGGGGUGGAGGGGGGAAGGAAUAUAAAUAGCAGUGUGGAUGGGAUAGGGAACAGCUCUGUGGUAUCCUCUGGAGCACUGCCUGUAAGACAAACAUCCUCACAGGGAGGAACAAGGAGAGACUAAUUGUCAUGUCAUAUAAAUUACCAGGCUAAGCAAGAACGAUCUCUGUAUUUUUCCUACUUGUAGGGCAUUGAUCUGCUUUGUACAAAUCACCAUCUGAAAUGGAUAUAAAAUGGAUAAAGGGUAGAUGGCUGAUAACAGGGCAAAGCUCAGUGUAGAGUGACAGUAAUUUCUGUGCUGCCUGACUUUUUGGAAGCACGCUGUAAAAGGGGAAGAUACAUAUUUAAGUUGACUUGGGAAUUGAAGGAAUAAAACUUGGGGUUUUCUUUUUUAAACUGUCCCUUGACAGCAACUAAAUUUUGACUUGUUAACUAGUUUGAUAUUUAAGAGCUGUCUGACCCAGCAACUGCAGUUCUAACCCACUGAAGACCCCCCCUCUGCACAGCAACUGUUCCAUUUUUUCCCAAUCGCUCUGUGCUCUGUUGGGAACACACACCUCUUGGAAGUUCCCCAAAGAUGCUAGUUGUCUAGUCAGUGUGUAGUAUUUUCUUUGUAAAUGAAGCAAGCUCUGCAACCUGUAAGCAUUUGUCAAGUGAAUUAUCAAGAGGUUUUUGUAUUUUUCUUUUGCAUUUGGAAUAAGCUUCGUUCAGAUUCCAUCACAGUCUGUACAUAUAUAGAAAGAGUAUGUAUGUAUAUAGAGAUGUUAAAGGCUACUGAAUUACUGAAUGUAAAUAACUCUUGUUUUUCUUUGUGUUGUUUUUCUUUUUUCUCUUCAUGACCUUCCCAAGAUGUAUUCCUGUUUCCUCAGCCUGCCAAACAGGCAGUUUGUGUGUACUUUGAAAUAUAUAUAGCAUAUAUAAAACUUGCAAGGGAUGUCUGCAUCCGUUGUGGAUGUUAUAUGUUGUCAUCAUUUUUUUUCAAAACUACCAGUUGUCUGUCUUCCAUGAUCCUUCUGAUGCUUUGUGGUUUUUAUUCUAUAUAUUUAGUGUGUAAUGCAUUUCCUUGAGAGAAAUUGAUUUCUGAUGUCUUUCAGAGACUGGUACUGUUUGCUUCUUAGUGCCUGUAUCAGAGGAAAACAAACAUUUGAAUUUUCACAUGGUUUGUUUUCUUUAGUCUUUUCGGGGCUUUUCAGGUCUUGGUGUCAAUCCUAGAUACGUUUCCAUUUUCUUCCACUUCUUGGUGUCUCCAGUUGUGCAUUCAUUGAGCUCCUGGAAGUUCUAAAUUAAAUGCACCAGCAGUAGGACCUGCCCGCUGUCCUAACACAUCAGAGUGUGAUCACUGUGUUCCCAUAGAUGGUAACUGACUGUAAACCUCUCUGGUCAGGGGGUAAUAUGUGAGUAGAAAAGAUGCAUCUCUUGUAGAGUUAUUUCCUGGGAAAGUUCUGAGCUUCCUGUAAUGUGCAAAACACAUGGAACUUUAUACAUUGUCCAUUUUUUUACUUGUCUGAUAAAAAUACAUGUAUUGAUACCAACAUUAGAGAUUAUUGAGAAAUCC